CUUUCCAUCACGCAAAAAAAAAGGUCGUUUUAAAAGUGGUCGCUCACUCGCCCACCGAAUUCUGCUAUGUCCUCCAAGAAGAUCGCUCCGGAGCGACGCCCUUUCUGUGAUCCGCGGCUGCACGAUGCCAGUUUUCGCAGAAAGCGCAACCGCCACAAAGAAGCCCCAGGCAAUGUCGAGGUGGCCAAGAAGAGUGGCAAGCGACCCCUCAACGAUUGCCCCUUCUUCGAUUUGAGCUAUAAAUUCGAUGAGCUUCCUCUCGACCCGAUCAAGGACUUCCUGCUCGAGAAGAUCUCCCACAUGCAAAAUGAUACGAUUGUGGGCCGUUGCAACCGAGAGUUUGACUUUCAUCAGUACGAUCUGGUGAAUGUGAAGGAAGCCUACGACGAAUGCGACGAUGACAGCCUGCUGGAGAUGGAGCUGGAGGAUAUUGUGAUGCCCGAACAGUUUGAAAUGUUACGCGAUGCCAAAGAUCAUGCCUACAAUUUUAAUGGCCAGGCUUGUAAUCAAUUUCCCUGGAUUGACAAAUGGAUGACUGGCGUACGCCCCAGCGAGCAGGAAAUUUAUGAAAUGACCAACCAGCUCUUGGACAUUUAUUGCCAGAGACGCGUUCGAAUCUUUUACUUUGACUGCGGUACCCGCUCUUCCCUCUGGUCGAAUCAACUGCGAAGACAAUACGGCACCCCCUCGGAGCUUAUUGGGGCUUACAAUACGCCCACUGCGCGACACUUGAGAGUGACGACCUUGAACAAAAAGACCAAAAAGUCAAAGUUUAGUGCCGGCGAUCAUUAUGCGCUGCGAACGCCACAGGAGUGUCGCAAUGAGCUGAUACGCGUGGGCAAGAUCAUUGACGAUAUGAUUAAGCCCGUUUUGUUGGAGGCUCAGCAUAACAAAGAACAUGGACUGCUCGAGUAUAGCGGUAAAUCAUUCUGUGCCGAUGAAGAGAAGCAGCACCGCCAGAAGAACAAGUCCCGCUGCAAGGAAUUCAAAAAGCGUAUUCAUCGUCGCAACUUUGCCACAAAUGAGGAGUUUCUGCAGUGCCUGAAGCGAAUGGAAGCCAGUCGCUUUCCGUAUAUGGCGCCACUACAGCCCGUUGAGCCCGAGGAACAGAAACUGCAAUUGUAUGCCAAAUAUCAACAAAAACUUUUGGCAGCCGAGCAGAAGUUUACAUUGAUAAUACAAAAGCGCUACAAAUGCCUUUUGAAGACCAUAUCUGUGCUGCAGCUGGCAACGUAUCCCUCUCGCCUAAUACGUCGAGCGAUUCGUCACAUUGAUCCACGCAACCCAGUGCUGCAGGAUGCCUACAGAUUCAUACUCCAGGAAGAGAAACAUUGGCCCAAACUGCCGCCAGAAGUUAUAUUAAUGGAUUAUCUGUUUGUGGGCGAGCGGGGCAUACGCCUGGACGUUGCCAUACUCAUCAUCGUUUGCCUCAUCGAUCUGCAGGAGGACUUUCGCUACCAUGUCAAGCGCUCCUUCCUACGCUAUCUGCUGCAAUCCAAAAUGGAGCGCAGGCGUCUGCAGCUGGAGGUGGAACCACCUGAGUUUCCCACACUGACCGUUACCUCACCGGUGCCCUGGCGCUCUCGUCUCCUGCUGGCCAAGAGUCGCAUUGGUGAGAUGCUCAUGAUAACACAUCCGACGGUGCAGGCUCUGAAUCUACUGUGGCAUCAGCUCUACGGGGAUCUAGUUAUUGUCGAUCUGUCCAAGUUGCUGCUGACGGAGCGACCCUUGGAUGCGGACAUUGUGCAAAGCUUUGUGUGGAAAAGCUGUGCCGAAAUCAGAGACCUUCUGAUCAACGAUUGGCUGCCCCGCUGUGCAGAUCUCAUGGAUCUGAUGCGUAACAGCUGGAAGGAUCUGGUGCCCAUGACGGGCAAGUAUGGAGGUCGGGCGCAGACCCUCUUUCAGUGUGUGCAUGCGCUGAUGUCCCGUCAUCUGGAGAGUCUGAUCAACAAGAGUCUGGCGUAUCUGUUCAAGGUGCUGUGUGGCUACAAGUACGGCAAUAAUGUGGAUCAGUAUAGCAUGUACGAUCCGAAACUGCGUCGCAGACCACUGAUGACACUCACGGUGUCUGUGGUGGGUGCACAUUUUGACAACGAACACAUUGACUUUGGACCCGGCAUUCGGGAGGAUGAGAACAUUUAUGUAUUUGAUGCGGAUGAUGCGGAUCCUUUUCUGGUACCGGGUCAAACAAAUUUACUUUUGGACACUCAAGUCGACAUGGAUGAUGUGGUCUCGUUUGAAUUGGAUAAUGCCUGCAAGCUUUAUAUCUAUCCCUAUAUGGUGGAGCUACCAGCUCUCAUUAGGGAUCUCUUCAAGAGCAUGCUGGCUGUGGGCUACGAUAUACCACGGCUCGAAUACAUCAUGUCGGGUGGAGUGCCGGAAACAUAUGGAACACUACAUUGCAUUGAUGAGUAUCAUGUGGAUUUUGUAGAGCUGUGUAAUAAAAUCGAGGAGAUAGUCAAGGUCAAUUGGCGUGGUGUCAACGUCUACUUGAAGCCUAUUUACAAAUAUUACUAUGGACUAUUCAAGAAGAUGAUAAUGCCAAUUGUGGAGAAGAUAUGGACAGAUAAUACACUGCCCGAAUUAGUGGUUGUUCAGGAAUUAAUGAAAAAAUUGAACGCCAUCAGCGAUACGACCUAUUAUCUGCGUGAUUUCAUACCGUUAAAUUUGUUCCUGUUGGAUAAUCGCCAUGUUAAAGAAUCGCUACGGAUGUACGUGAAGAAUAUCUACGAUUUCAUCACUGACUUUUACAGGGCGCUCAAUCUGAACGAGAAUCGAGCCAUCUGUGAAGAGCUCGAGGAGAUGUCGAUGAAGGCCGGCGAGCGGCCCGAGGAGACGCCAGAAGUGGUCGCCCUGCAGAACUAUAUAACCGAGUGCCGGGAGAUGCGCAUAUUUGCCAUCAAAGAUGAUAUCAAGCUGGUGCUGAAGCGUGUCAUAUUCCUGCUGACACAUGCAUACCUGACCAGUGAUGAAAUUCAUUUGAAUUCCCGCACAUUCAUACUGCCCGGAGAGCUGGAAGAGGUGCUCGAUCUGAGCGCCGCUCGUUUGUCGGUGGUGCGUGAUAACCUGGAGAUGGCAUUAAGGGAGCGACGCUUAAGGUUUGAGAAGCUGCUGAUUCAGGAGAAGCGUACUAUGGAUGGUUUUCGCAUUCGAGAAAUACGCGAUGUGCUCACACUGGAUGAGCUCAAGGAGCGGGUGGAUACAGUGGACAUACUCUUCACAACCAUAGAGAAUCUAAGCAGAGAGGCCAAGGCAAUAAAUGUGGAGGAAGGAUUGCUGCAGAUUGAUGUCUCCGCCUUUCCGCUGUUGGCCGAAAUCAUUGAGAAAAUGGAACCAAUUGAGAAACUAUGGAAGACAUCGUACGAAUUCGAAAAGGAUUAUCUAAUUUGGAUGUUCGAGCGCUUCGAAUGCCUUAAUGCGGAUGGCGUGCGGGAACAGAUCGAGACCAUGUUCAAGAUUAUGCACAAGCUGUCGCGGCAGCUAUCCUACAAUCCUGUGGCGAAACGCGCCGCGGAACAGAUGCGUAUCAAAAUUGAAAAGUUUCGCGUCUAUUUACCGGUGUUGGACUCGAUUUGCCGACAUGGACUGGAGAAGCGACACUGGGAUAAGAUAUCGGAGAUAUUGGGCAGACAGAUCAAUCCGAAAUUGUAUCCCACUUUGAAGGAUAUGAUUGAUGCGGACAUAAUGAGUAUACUGCCCGAGCUGGAGGAGAUUGCGAAUGCGGCGGGCAAGGAAUACGAUCUGAACAUGGGUCUGAAGAAUAUGCAGGCCGAUUGGCGAGAUGUCAUGUUCGAAGUGCUGCAGUAUCGGGACUCGGAUACACAUAUUCUGGCCACCAUCGAUGAUAUACAAACACUACUGGAUGAUCACAUUAUGCGAACGCAGGCCAUGAAGCGUUCCCCAUUCAUUGUGGCCCUCGGCUCCAAGGCGGAUGAUUGGGAGGAGCGGCUGUUGCUCAUCCAGAAUAUUAUUGAUGCGUGGACCCAGGUGCAGGUCACCUGGAUGUAUCUGGAGCCCAUUUUCAGCUCGGAGGAUAUUAUGCGACAAAUGCCAUUGGAGGGACGUAAUUUCAAGGCGGUGGACAAGAUCUGGCGACGCAUUAUGAAGAAUACACUAAAGGAUCAGCAUGUAAUGGCCGCCACCGAAUAUCCCAAUAUGCUGGAGAUCUUCACGAAGGCCAUCGAGGAUCUGGAGACGGUGCAGAAGGGCUUGAAUACAUAUCUCGAGCAGAAACGUUUGUACUUCGCCCGUUUCUUCUUCCUCUCCAACGAUGAACUGCUCGAGAUUCUCUCUGAGACCAAGGACCCCAUGCGAGUGCAGCCACAUCUCCGCAAGUGCUUUGAGGGUAUUGGCACACUGACCUUUGAUGAGAACAUGGAAAUCACACACAUGAUCAGCGAUGAGGACGAGCGGGUUGGCCUCGUGCGCAAAAUCAAUCCACAGGCGGCAAAUGGUUUGGUUGAGAUCUGGCUGAAAGAGGUGGAGUAUGUAAUGCUGGACAGCGUCAUGGAGCAGAUGAAGGAGGCGUGGGAAGACUAUGCCAUGGUCGAUCGCAUUUCCUGGGUGGUAUCCUGGCCGGGUCAAGUUGUACUCGGCAUCUCCUGUGCCGCGUGGACCGCUGAGGUCGAGGAGGCCAUCGAGAAGAAGACUUUGCCCGAAUACCUGGAGAAGUCCAAUAGCCAAAUUGGCGACCUCGUUCAACUCGUCCGCACGGACUUGCAGACAGGAGUUCGCAUUGCUGUCGAAGCACUGAUUGUCCUCGAUGUGCAUGCUCGUGAUGUAGUCAAGUUUCUGGCAGACACCAAGGUGAGCAGCACACAGGACUUUGAUUGGAUCUCACAGCUGCGCUAUUAUUGGAAGGUCGAUGAGAAGAAUGAGGAGUGGGUGUGUGUGAGCAUGGUGGUCACCGAUGUUAAAUAUGGCAUGGAAUACUUGGGCAAUUUGCCGCGUCUGGUGGUUACUCCUCUAACGGAUCGUUGCUAUCGCACUUUGAUGGGCGCUUUAAAGUUAUGUUUGGGCGGUGCUCCCGAGGGACCAGCGGGCACUGGCAAAACGGAGACCUGUAAGGAUCUGGCCAAGGCCGUGGCCAAAAAAUGUGUAGUCUUCAAUUGCUCUGACGGCCUGGACUACAAAGCACUCGGCAAGUUCUUCAAGGGUCUGGCACAGUCGGGAGCUUGGGCCUGCUUCGAUGAGUUCAAUCGCAUCGAGUUGGAAGUGCUGUCGGUGGUCGCGCAACAGAUUCUGACCAUACAGCGGGCGAUUGGACGUAAGGUUGUUAAAUUCUUUUUCGAAGAUACCAUGCUCAAACUGGAUCCCACAUGUUCCAUAUUCAUAACCAUGAAUCCGGGCUACGCUGGACGCACCGAGCUGCCCGAUAAUCUGAAGGUAUUGUUCCGCACCGUCGCCAUGAUGGUGCCCGAUUAUGCAAUGAUCGGCGAAAUAACACUCUACUCCAACGGAUUCGAUAUGGCCCGUGUUCUAUCCCAGAAAAUUGUGCAGGCCUACAAGCUGUGCUCGGAGCAGUUAUCCUCGCAGUCGCACUAUGACUAUGGUAUGCGCGCCGUGAAAUCUGUGCUGUUGGCGUCCGCAUCGUUGCGUCGCCUUUACGUUGACCUGCCGGAGCCCGAGAUUGUUUUGCGCGCCAUUGUUGACGUCAAUUUGCCGAAAUUCUUCGAACAGGAUAUUUCCCUCUUCAUUGGCAUCUAUAUGGAUCUCUUCCCCGGCGUCGAGCUACCCAUGCCGCAACGUGAUGACAUACUCAAGUGGCUGCGUAUUAAUCUGGCGGAGCGCAAUCUGCAGGCAACACAUUGGUAUUUGGAAAAAAUACUACAGAUAUACGAGAUGAUGCUGGUGCGUCACGGCCUGAUGAUAGUCGGUGGCCCGAUGGGUGGCAAGACCACAGCUUAUCAGAUGCUCGCACUGACGCUGCGCAAUGUGUCCACGGAUGAGGAGGCCACGCUCAAGGAGUAUCCGGUGGUCUUUCGCAUUAUUAAUCCCAAGGCUAUUACGAUGGGUCAACUCUACGGUCGCUUUGAUCCCGUCUCCCACGAGUGGUCGGAUGGUGUCCUGGCGAAAACGUUCCGGGAGCAGGUGCAGGGACCGAAGGCUGAACGUGCCUGGGUCAUGUUCGAUGGUCCCGUCGAUGCGGUGUGGAUUGAGAACUUGAAUACCGUGCUCGAUGACAACAAGAAACUGUGUCUCAUGUCCGGCGAAAUUAUGCAGAUGACCAAAAUGAUGAACAUGAUGUUUGAGCCCGCUGAUCUCGAACAGGCUUCGCCGGCGACAGUCUCGCGUUGCGGCAUGAUCUACAUGGAACCAUCGCAGCUGGGCUGGCGCGCCUUUCACAAGAGUUUCAGCAACGUGUUGAUUAAUAUUGUGGGACUAAGCGAUAUUUAUAUGACACUGUUCGAGGACAUGGUCGAGUGGUUAAUACCGGCAGCGUUGCAAUUUCUGCCACUGUGCAAACAAAUGUUGCAAUUGUCGCCCAUUUAUCAAUAUCAGACUUUCUCGCGCUUUCUGCUCUACUUUCUGGAGAAGCACAAGGUGUUCAAUCAGACGUGGUUCCAGCAGAUGUUCCUCUUCUGCUAUGCCUGGGCCUACUGCUCGGCGCUAACGGGCAACGGUCAACGUACCUUUGACCAAUUGCUGCGUAAGGUCAUCUAUGGCUCCAAUGAGGAGUUCCCCAAACCAAAGUAUUUCUCCUUGAAUCGUGGCCAAAUGUUUCCCGAGAAACAGGUCUUUCUCGACUAUCGCUUCGAUGAGGCUGAGAAUUGGUGGACGUGGCAAAAGUCCUCCGAUGAUCCCACGUCGGGCAGUGCCCAUUUUCCGGAGCAUGCUCAAAUUAGUGAGUUGAUUGUGCCCACCAAGGAGACGGGCUAUAUUUCUUACUGGCAAGAUUUCUGCAUUGCCAAUUCGUAUGGCAUGCUGGUCAUCGGUCCCACUGGCACUGGCAAGAGUGCAAUUGUUACGAGCAAUCUGCUCGCAUUGCCCAAAAAUGCAAAUCUCAUUAAUAUAAUCAACUUUUCGGCUCGCACCUCGGCACAAAUGGUGCAGGAUACGAUCAUGAGCAAAUUGGAUCGACGGCGCAAGGGCGUCUUUGGACCAGCUCUGGGCAAGAAGUGCAUAGUUUUCUGUGAUGAUGUGGCCAUGCCCUCAAAGGAUACGUAUGGCUCCCAGCCACCGUUGGAACUGUUGCGCACCUGGCUGGAUCAUGGCUACUGGUCAGAUUUGAUGGAUACAACCAAAAUUGAACUAGUCGACAUGAGUCUAGUCUGUGCGAUGGGCACAUUGGGUGGGAGUAACUUUAUCUUUCCGCGUCUCUAUCGGCACAUGUUCGUUGUGGCCGUGGACUCCUUUGAGGAUUCGACCAUCAUUCGCAUAUUCACGACAAUUGGUGAUUGGCACUUCGCCAAGGGCUAUCCAGAGAAGGUGGCACUGCUCUCCCGCGGCUUAUCGGAGGCAAUGGUCAGCGUGUAUCGGGAGUCGAUGCGCAUCUUUUUGCCAACGCCAGCCAAAUCUCACUACACCUUCUCAUUGCGAGACAUCACUCGCGUCUUCCAGGGCAUUGUCAUGGUGCCGGCCAAGCGUAUGCCGGAUCCGGAGAAGCUCGGUCGCCUCUGGGCCCAUGAAACUUAUCGUGUCUUUUAUGACCGUCUGGUUGACCAGUUGGAUCGGGACCGUUUGCUCAUCAUGGCCAUCGAUGCGUGCAAGAAUUGUUUGCGUUUUUCACUCGAAUCGGCCUUUGCCGACCGCAUCGAACCCGGCGAGAAACUGAGCGACAACGAUCUGCGCAAUCUAUUCUAUGGCAAUUACAUGGAACCCGAUGCAGAGCCAAAAUACUAUGAUGAGUGCGAAAGCUACGAGAAAUUGGAGAAGCUCAUGAAAUACUAUCUGAGGGAGUAUAAUUCAUUUUCCAGCACACCCAUGGAUCUGGUCAUGUUUCGGUUUGCCAUCGAGCAUGUCAGCAGAGUAUCUCGAGUGCUGCAAAUGCCUAGAGGUAAUAUCUUAAUGGUUGGCAUGGGUGGUUCAGGUCGUCGCAGCUCCUGUCGAUUGGCUGCUCACAUUGCCGACUGUCGUCUGAUGACAGUGCAGGUAUCCAAGUCAUAUACUUUGGCCGAUUGGCGAGAUGAUCUAAAGAAAAUACUAAUGGCAUCCAGUUUCAAUUUGAAUCACACCGUAUUUCUAUUCUCUGACGCCCAGGCAACGGAUGAGGGCUAUGUGGAGGAUAUCAAUGGUGUACUUAAUACUGGUGAUUUGCCAAAUUUGUAUCAGCUGGAGGACAAGGCAUCCAUUAUGGAGAAUAUGGCAAAUGUGGCCAAGCAAGUGGGCAAAGUGCUGGACUCGCUGCCGAGUGAGGUGUAUGCCUACUAUAUCGAGAGGAUAAGGGAACAAUUGCAUGUUGCACUCGCCUUCUCACCCAUUGGGGAAUCCUUUAAGGAGCGCAUUCGUGUGUAUCCCUCACUAAUCAAUUGCUGCACCAUUGAUUGGUAUAUGCCCUGGCCAGAGGAGGCAUUGGCAAGGGUGGGGACCUAUUUUGUCACAUCUAUGCAGCUGAAUAAGCCACACGAUGAGGAGGAGACGCCACGCAUCGCGGAGGAAGUCCCUCAGGAGGGGGAGAAGCGUGAAACAAUGGGUGAGGUGGAUCGUGAGCUGACGCAGUUAGAACAGGAUCUGGUCUUCUGUGUGAUGUACUUUCAUCAAUCGGUUGUGGAUGCCAGCGAGAAAUGCUAUCUGGAGUUGAGUCGUCGCAAUUAUGUCACCCCUUCGGCAUAUUUGGAGCUGUUGAAAGCUUUUAGCACCUUUUACGCCCGCAAGCUGGAUGAGAUUACUAGACUACGUGAUCGAUACACGACUGGUUUGGAGAAACUCGACUUUGCUGCCAGUCAAGUAGGUGAAAUGCAAACGAAUCUUUAUGAGUUGCAGCCCAAGUUGAAAGUGUUGUCCGAAGAAACGGAUCGCAUUAUGGUGAAUAUUGAGCGGGAGACGGCUGAGGCAGAGAAGAAGAAGGAAGUGGUGGGUGCAGAUGAGGCGGCUGCCAAUGAAGCAGCUGCUGCUGCUCAGGCCAUCAAAGAUGAUUGUGAAACGGAUCUCGCUGAAGCUAUUCCCGCCAUGGAGGCAGCACUGGAGGCUCUGAACACGCUUAAACCAGCUGAUAUUGGUGUUGUCAAAUCGAUGAAGAAUCCGCCAUAUGGCGUCAAGUUAACUCUGGAGGCGGUGUGUGUUUUGAAGGGCAUUAAACCGGAUCGCAAGCCAGAUCCCAGUGGUCAUAUGGUGGAGGACUAUUGGGGCCCAUCAAUGCGCAUGCUAAGCGACAUGAAAUUUCUGGAAUCACUGAAAACCUUUGACAAGGACAACAUACCGCCACCGAUUAUAAAAAAGAUAAGAGAAAAAUAUAUAGCUGAUCGUGACUUUGUGCCGGAGAAAAUCAAGGCUGCUUCGAUGGCCUGCGAGGGCAUUUGUCGCUGGGUGCGUGCUAUGGAUGUCUACGACAAGGUCGCUCGCAUUGUGAUGCCCAAGAAGGCGGCACUGGCCGAAGCCGAGGGUGAUCUCUCCUCACAAAUGGAGAAGCUCAACGCGAAGCGGGCCGAGCUGCAGGUAAUCCUCGACAAGUUGCAGAAACUAAACGAUUUCUUUGCGGAGAAAUCGCGUGAGAAGAAGCGGCUCGAAGACGACAUCGAGAACUGUGAGAAGAAGCUGACAAGAGCUGAGAAGCUGUUGGGUGGCUUGGGCGGGGAGAAGACUCGCUGGUCGGAGGCGGCCAAGAAUCUGCACGAAUCCAUCAGCAACAUUGUGGGCGAUGUUCUGCUCGCCGGUGGCUGCACCGCCUAUCUGGGCUUCUUUACCACCGAGUAUCGCGUUAACAUUCUGGAUGAUUGGAAUGCGAUCUGCGCUCGCCGCCAUAUACCCAGUAGUGAAACUUUCUCGCUGGCCACCACACUGGGUCACCCGAUGACGAUACGGGCCUGGUCGCUGGCUGGACUGCCGGCCGAUAACUUCUCUGUGGAGAAUGGCAUCAUUGUAACGAACUCAAGUCGUUACUCCUUGCUCAUCGAUCCGCAGGUACAAGCAAACAAGUGGAUUAAGAACAUGGAGAAGAAUAAUCAUCUCAAGGUGAUUAAGCAAAGCGAUGGCAACUACAUGCAAGUCUUGGAGCUGGCAAUCACAUACGGACAACCCGUGCUCAUUGAGAAUGUGGGCGAAAAACUGGACUCGAAUCUGACGCCCAUAUUGGAGAAGAAUAUAAUCAAGCAUAAGGGUGGGCUGUUCAUAAGAAGUGGCGACACAAUGAUUGAAUACAAUCCCGAUUUUCGUCUUUACAUAACGACCUGUCUGCGCAAUCCGCAUUAUCCGCCGGAAGUGAUGGUUAUGGUAACAGUAUUAAAUUUCAUGAUAACGGAACAAGGAUUACGCGAACAAUUGCUGGCGAUUGUCGUGGCCCACGAGCGUCCUGAUUUGCAAGAGAAGAAGGAACAAUUGAUUAUUGAAUCCGCAAGGAAUCGUGAUGCAUUGUACACCAUUGAAUCCAAGAUAUUAGAGGUGCUGUCUACCUCGGAGGGUAAUGUGCUGGAGGAUGAGAAUGCCAUCAACAUACUAUCCUCGAGUAAAAUCCUGUCCGAGGAUAUACAGGAGAAACAGGUUAUUGCCGUUGCCACCGAGAUUGAAAUCGAUGCUGCCCGCCGGCAAUAUAUACCCGUGUCCAAACACUCGGCCAUUCUGUUCUUCUGCAUCAGUGAGCUGGCCAAUGUGGAUCCCAUGUAUCAAUACUCCCUGGCCUGGUUCCUCAAUCUCUUUGUGAACACCUUACUGAAGGCGACCAAGUCGGCAGUGCUAGCGGAGCGUUUGAGCAAUCUCAACGAUUACUUUACCAAAUCAAUUUAUACGAAUGUCUGCCGCUCGCUUUUCGAGAAGGAUAAGUUGGUCAUCUCGCUGGUCAUGUGUCUGGGCAUCCUCGUCUCACAGGGCCGUGUCGAUAAGAAUGAGCUGUUGUUCUUCCUAACCGGUGGCAUUGGCUUCAAGAGCUUGAUCAAAAAUCCAUUUAGCGAUUGGCUGCCCGACAAGGCCUGGGAGGGCAUAUACCGAGCCAGUGAUUUAGAUGGCUUGAAGAGCAUGCACGCCCAAAUUGGACAUAAUUUGCAGAGCUGGCAUGAUUAUUACGAUGCCAUUAAUCCGCAGGAUCUACCGCUGCCCACGCCCUAUGACCAGGUCAACGAAAUGUUGUACCUGAUAAUCCUAAAGAGCCUACGGCCGGACAAGUUGGUGCCAGCAGUGCGCGCUUUCAUCACACAAAACCUGGACAAGUCGUUUGUGGAGCCGCCGCCAUUCGAUUUGGGCGCCUCGUUUGCAGAUAGCUCGCCAAAAAUACCGCUGGUGUUUCUGCUUUCAGCUGGCUCCGAUCCCAUGGCCAGCCUCUUUAUGUUCGCCAAACAACGCAACAUGUACGACAAAUUGAAAACCAUAUCGCUGGGUCAGGGUCAAGGACCGCGUGCGGAAAAAAUGAUCACGGAGGCGGCACGUCACGGCCAAUGGGUCGUCCUGCAGAAUUGUCACGUCGCCUUCAGCUGGAUGGGUGACCUGGAGCGCAUCUGCAAUGAUAACACACUAACAGAUGGUGCACAUGCCGAUUAUCGCCUGUGGUGCACAUCGUAUCCGAGUGCCGUGUUUCCCGUAUCCGUGCUCCAGAACUCCGUCAAGAUGACGAACGAGCCGCCAAAGGGUCUCCGGGCGAAUAUGCAUCGUUCGUUCACCUCGGAUCCGUUGACACGCAGCAAGUUCUUCACGAAUGCCUUCCUCUUCUCGGACCAGGCUAACAAGUGCUGGCUGAGAGGUGUCUUUGCCCUGGUUUUCUUCCAUGCUGUUGUUCAGGAGCGUCGAGAAUUUGGUCCACUUGGCUGGAAUAUACCCUACGAGUUCAAUGAGUCCGAUCUCAAAAUCUCAUUGUUGCAGCUGAAAAUGUUUAUUGCUCAGAGUCACAGCAUUCCGUUCCGGGGACAUGUUUAUCUGACGGGCGAGUGCAAUUACGGCGGACGCGUCACCGAUGACAAGGAUCGUCGCCUGAUACUCUCCCUCCUCAAUAUGAUCUACAAUAGCAACACCAUCGAGGAAGAAGAAUAUGCCUUGUCCCAGUCUGGUGACUAUCGCGUGCCCAUCAGUCCCACGAAAAUGAACUCCAUUGAGUACAUUUCCACAUUCCCGCUCAGUCCGCAACCCGAGGUGUAUGGCCUGCAUGCAAACGCAGACAUCAAUCGCAAUGUGAAGGAGACCAAUGCGCUGAUUAGCGGAGUACUCCUGACUCAAACGGAUUUGAUGGCCUCGGUGAAGGCGAGUUCGGCAGGCGGUGCCAAAGAGGAUCCGGCCAUAUCCAUAUGCAAGGAGCUGCUGAAGCGCCUGCCCGACGAGUUCGACAUCGCCGAGGUGUCCAAGACCUACCCGGUGAUCUAUACGAAUUCGAUGAAUACGGUACUGCGCCAGGAGCUGAUACGCUUCAAUCGACUGCUGUCCUAUAUACGCAAGAGUCUGGUGAAUGUGGGCAAGGCUGUGGUGGGUCAGAUUGCGAUGAUACCGGAGCUGGAGCGCACUCAUGCCUCGAUGAUUAUAGGCAAACUGCCGGCGGAUUGGCUCAAGAAGAGCUAUCCAUCGCUGAAGCCCCUGGGCAGCUAUGUGAACGACUUGUUGGCGCGCUUGGCCUUCUUUCAGGACUGGAUCGAGAAUGGGGAACCGAAUGUUUAUUGGAUCUCUGGCUUCUAUUUCACCCAAUCAUUUGUGACGGGCGUCCUACAAAACUAUUCGCGCAAGAAUCGCUUUCAAAUCGACAUGAUUUUCAUUGAGUUUGCGGUCACAAAAUUCGAAUCACAAACAUCUCAAGUAGCCGAUGUGGGCGCAUACAUCAGGGGCAUUUUCAUUGAGGGUGCACGUUGGAAUCGCAAGACAAAAGAAGUGGAUGAAUCUUACUCCAAAAUCUUGUUCGACACUCUGCCCGUAAUCUAUCUGCGUCCGGUGUUAAGAUUGCCUGAUGAGCAGAAGCGUGGCAGCGGCGGUGCUGAGCCAAUGGCAAUUUACGAUUGUCCCGUUUACAAGACGAGCGAACGUCGAGGCAUCCUUUCCACCACGGGGCACUCGACGAAUUUUGUGAUGUAUCUGCAGCUGAGAUGCUCCCAGACACCGAUGCAUUGGAUUAAUCGAGGCACUGCCUGCCUCUGUCAGCUGGAUGAUUGAAUAUUGACCCGUUGGCAUCCGCCGCGCCGGAUGAGCCACAACACGCAACGAGACUUUUAUGGCGAAUAUGGGUAUGGAGAACUGAAAUUGAGGACUGCUGGACUGUAUGGAAUCAUCAUACACACAUUAUACACAUAUCAUAUAUACAUAUAUAUGUGUAUGCAGAUAUACUUUCGAUUUUUGUAUUAUUUUUUUUGCUGUGUGCUCGAAUGGGGAAAUGGCCAAAAGCGAAUUGCAAUUCUAUGUAUUUAUUUUUUCGCCCAUUUCGGAGAAUGCGGCAACGGGAAGUGGGUCGAGUGGCAUUUUGAUGAUGAUGUUGAUUGCCAGAUAUAUAAAUUAAAUAUGCAGAAUACCGAUUGUAUACAUGUAUAUAUAUUUUUUAUGUGCGCCAUUUACAAAUGAAUAAAUGACAAAAUGAAACG